UUGCUUACCAAUGUGGUUUUAUGUAAAUUAACCCACGAAAAUGAAACCCCAAAUUGCUCAUGGUGCGCCGAGGGUGGUGAAACGAAUAUUUCCAUAGGGCACUGCGAGCAGUGUGGCCAAUGGCUUUGUUCUGAGUGCAUCAAGGGUCAUAACAGGAUGCCACCACUUCGAUCCCAUACUGUCAAAAUUGUAGGAGAUUCUGGUGGCAAAGGCUUACAAUGUGAGGCCCAUCCCCGCGAGUCGUUGGAGUUGUUUUGUGAAACAUGUGGAGUGCUUACAUGCCGUGACUGCCAGCUGUCGGUGCAUCGUGAUCAUGGUGGCCAUCGUUGGGUGAAAGAGAAGGCAGAUUUACUGCGUCCAGGCCUCCUGGCAGCGAUGCACUCCCUUGAAGAGCGCGCCGCGCAGUUGCAGGCGAUGGCAAAAGCAGUCAAAGAGGCACCGGCGAUUUUAAAAACCAGUGUCGAGGAUGCUAAAGCUGCGCAACGCCGGUCUACUGAGGCUGUUGUGCGAGCCAUCAAUGAGCACAACAAAAGGCUAGAAGAAGACCUUGACGAAAAGGCAGGCCAACACGUGCAAAGACUCGAAAAAACCUAUGCCAUUUUGCAGUGUCUGCAGGAUCAGAUUAACUACAUACUUCAGUUGACUCGUCGCCUUUUUGAGAACGGAGAAAAGGAUCCCGCAAGCCUGGUUCAGCUCGCGGCCUGUCUGGAACGGCGUCUGGCAGCACUGGCUAAGGAAGCCACCGACUUGGCAGCCGACGACAACGCCCAAGCCAACAUUAACGUAACGGAAAGCGCAAGGGGAUGGCGUGAUUCUGUGGCGUCGCGCGUCGUAUUUCUCCCCAACCGAUCACCUGAGGAAGUCGCACAUCUUAUAUCCUCUGUCUGCUGGACCCAUGAUCGUAACGACGGAAAAGGCGAGCUAACCGAAUUCAAUGAGCGCAAAAUCAGUGUGGACAUGAGCGACAAAAGUACUAAUUCAGAUUCCGGUGAGGGAGGAGACCUGUUGGACCUCAUGACACAUCUUGAUAGUCCUCCACGUGACGGUGAUGGGGGCUGUGCCGUCUGCCAUUCACCUGGCGUGUUGGCCGUCUGUGCGGGUUGCCAGCGCUGCUUCCACCCUGCAUGCCACCUUCCACGUUUCGACCCAAACAAUGUCAAGUCUCCCGAAGCCUGGACCUGUUCUCUUUGCCUGGAAUCCUCCAAACCGGAGACUAGCCAAACCCGACGAGUCAGGGAUGCUCAAACCAUGGGAACUGUAAUGCAACCAUGCAAAUGGACGCGUGAUCAAUUCAAGUCCGGGUGCCGCAUUUUACUGAGCCUCUUGUGUCAUCCGGAGGCGGUUUUCUUCACGUCUUCCAACUUGUGUCCCAUAUGCUGCUCUUCGUUAGAAAGCAGUCACUCGGGGGUUUCUGGGGACGCGGAGGGACUAUGUGGAGUAUUUCACAGGUUCUCGGACCUUCGAGAAUGUCUUGAGUCCUCUGAGACGGCAACAGGAAAGUCAAUCGAAGCCUGGAUCCAAGAUAUUGAUGCCUUCAUCGAGAAUACAAGCAUCCAGUCAAAGGAACUAGGGGCGCUUGCAGUUACCCAGACUCUUGAGAAGGCCGCCUGCAGUCUCCGAGAUGCCCUAGACGCUUCUGUGGAGUCCUUUUAUCCUGCUUUUUUCCAAGCUUAA